UAAACCUAAAGGGCCGCCGGUCACGGACGCGUUUCCGCGGUGUUGACAGCGGUCGAGCAGCCGGUGACCUUCGCUCCUCUCACCGCAGUGGAAACAUGGCGCUGAGCCUUCUGGAAAGGGCUCAGGUGUGGCUCGCCAAGGUGGUUAUGGGAGUCUUAAUUGCGGUUUUUAGCUUCUUGUCCCCCCGGAGAGCCGGUGUGUCCGGGAAGAAGCUGCCGCCCGUCUCAAACCCGCUGCUGCUCGUGUCAGCUACGCAGCUCGCCAAGAAGAUCCGGAGGAAAGAGGUGUCAAGUGUGGAGGUGGUGCAGGCUUACAUCGACAGGAUUCAAGAAGUUAACCCUUUACUGAACGCUGUUGUAAAAGACAGGUUUGCAGCCGCCCUCCAGGAGGCGGCCCAGGUCGAUAAGCUGAUUGAGGAGGAGACGGGAGGAGAGGAGGUGCUGGAGGACCGACUGCCGUUACUAGGAGUCCCACUCUCUGUCAAAGAGUCCUUUGCCCUGCAGGGCAUGCCCUUCACCACAGGCAUGAUCUCCAGGCAGAGAAUCGUGUCCACGGUCGACGCUCCCCUGGUGGCCCUGCUGAAGAGAGCGGGCGCCAUCCCGCUGGGCGUCACCAACACCAGCGAGCUGUGCAUGUGGAGCGAGUCGCACAACCACCACUACGGCAUCACCAACAACCCGUACGACCUGGACCGGAUAGCGGGAGGAAGCUCAGGUGGUGAGGGCAGUAUACUGGCAGGAGCAGGCGCAGUCAUUGGUGUGGGCUCAGACAUUGGCGGCAGCAUCCGAAUGCCGUGUUUCUUCAAUGGAAUAUUUGGCCAUAAAACCACUCCAGGUGUCGUCUCCUGUGAGAACCAGUACCCUCCCGUCUCUGGCAGACAGGACGAGUACCUCAGCAGUGGUCCCAUGUGCCGCUACGCUGAAGACCUGCUGCCCAUGCUGGAGAUCAUGGCAGGACCCAAAGCUCGCAUGUUGUCCUUAAACACUAAGGUGGACCUGAAGAAGCUGCGUUUCUUCACCAUCCCUCAUGACGGCGGCUCUCCGUACACGUACCCCGUCAGCAAAGAGCUCAGAGACAUCCAGAGGAAGGUGGUGGAGCGUCUGGAGGCAGACCUCGGCGUGAAAGUCCAAGAAGUGCGGUUCCCCGGGCUCCGAUACGGCUUCCAGAUCUGGGACACCUACAUGGGUCUUCCUGGCAAAGACGGAAAACCUCCUCUGCCCUUCGCUGAGCUGAUGGGGGAACCAGGACGACCGGCAUGGCCUCUGUGGGAGCUGCUGAAAUGGAUGGUGGGAAAAUCAGACCACACCAUGGCUGCUAUCGGUUUGGCCCUAGUGGAGAUGACCCGCAAGUCCAAACCCUCGUCUUUCUGCAUCCAGCAGAAGGAGAAGCUGCAGAAGGAGAUGGACGAGCUGCUGGGCACUGACGGGGUCGUUCUUUACCCCUCACAUCCCAGGGUGGCGCCAAAACACCACCACCCGCUCUUCAGACCCUUUGACUUCGCCUACACCGGUGUGCUGAACAUCUUGGGGCUGCCGGUCACACAGUGCCCCCUGGGUCUGGGCGAGGAAGGUCUUCCUCUGGGCGUGCAGGUCGUCGGCGGGAAGCUGCAGGACCGUCUGACCCUCGCCGUGGCUCUGUACCUGGAGAAGACAUUCGGAGGCUGGAGGGACCCCGGCGCAAACUAAAGCCACACACACACACACACACACUAUCAGCCAUAACCAAACAUCCACACUGGAGCUGGUUGGAUCAAAGAUAACGCCGCACUGCGUCUGCCUUGCUGCCGCCGCUGUGUGACACAAACAGAGAGGUACACCGGUCCAAUGUUUAAGCCCCUGAGAUUUUGUUUCGCACUAACGAAGCCUCAGUCAUUUCAGUAAACGCCUUUCGAGAUUUUAUCAUGUAUCCCGUUCAGAGACUUUUAUUUUACGAGCACAAGCUUUUUUUUUGAAAAUAAAUAAAUACGUGAGCAUUCACAUUAUCACACACGCUUGGUCUGAUACGACCGAGGUCACGUCAUUGCUUUCACAGACUCUGAAAGGUGUCAUCUGCUGCAGCCAAUCAGAUCAGACGACAAUCAAAUGUGGGCAGCACACACACUCGCAUCCAAUUUGUUCAUGAGCACAUUCAAUACAAACGGACCAAAGUGCUCUGCGGAGAUGAGACGGUCUGAGGAAACAGCGGUGAAAGGCAGUCGUAUGAUAAUGUGAACGUUAUAAUCGAGUGCCUGUUUUAUGUUCCAACUGAGUCAGUUAAUAAAAAUAUAUCGGAAUAUUU